AUGUCCAAAUCCACAGGCAGCGAAACACGAGGCAGUGACUGGUCGCCGGACCAGUAUCUCCUCUUCGCCGACGCCCGCAACCGCCCGAUCCACGACCUCAUCGCCUUCCUCAGUCCGGAGUAUUCGCCCAGCUCUAUCAUCGACCUCGGCUGUGGACCAGGAAACAGCACCGAACUCCUCGCCAAGCGAUUUCCCAACGCAAAGAUCUCCGGCGUCGACUCGUCGCCUGCGAUGCUAGCCAGGGCGCGCACCGCGCUGCCCAACAUCGACUUCACCCAAGCCGACCUGCGCUGGUACGAGCCACCACCGGGCGUGGACCUCCUCUUUUCCAACGCAGUCUUCCACUGGCUGCGUCAGGAUGAACGCAUCUUCCACAUCACGCGCCUCCUCCGCACCCUGAAGCCGGGCGGGAUCCUCGCGUUGCAGAUGCCGGAUAACUACCACGAGGGAUCGCAUCGGGCGAUGCGCGACAUGAUGAAAACAAGCUCGCUGGCGCUCCAUUUCAAAGAUCUGCCCAGGGAGGAGCGACCGUGGAUCGAUGAGACCGAGGAGCCAAUCGAGUACUACAAUGCGCUCAUGCCGCACUGUCGCGCCGUUGAGACCUGGACGACGCGUUACGUGCACGUGCUAGACGCUUACGAGGACAUUGUGGAGUGGGUGAAGGGGACCGGGUUGCAGCCCUACCUGAAUUUGCUGCCGGAUGAGAGGUUAAGGGACACGUUCCUGAAAGAGUACAAGGCCCGGCUGAGGCGGGAGUAUGCGCGGGCGCAAGACGGGAAGGUGUUGUUGGCGUACCCGAGGCGUUUUGUUGUCGCGUACUCGGCCGGUGGGGCUGUGAGGUGA